GCGAUCCUUCCUGCGGUGCCAUUUCUGUAGUAACUACAGUUGCUGCAAUUAACCACAGGCUUAGCCCUAGCCGCGUCUCCUACGUGCUUCCACCAUGAGCCCUUCCGCCGUCUCUCCGCACUCCGCCAUCGCCGCGCGGAUGUCCGCGCAUUGUGCGCCCGCCGCGUCCUCGCUCCCUCUCCGCUCUUCCCCUUCAUCCUCCGCCUCCGGCACAAUUUCCGCAUCUUUCCCCGCUUCCCCUUCCCCCGGCUCUUCUCGCAAAUCCGCCUCCCGAAGCGCGUCCUCCUCCCCACUCUCCGCAAUCUCGGGCGGCGGAGGGGCGCCUCUUUUCCGCCGUCGCACUGCCAUGCAGCGGCUCGGUGGGCUUCUCCUUCCGCUGAUUGGCUCCGGGGGGGCGGCUGGGCCCGCCGUGGCGCGAUCAAAGGUUUCGGAAGCAGAAGAGGUGCUGCGGAAGGCGGAGUGGCCGCAGCAGUUCCCCUUCUCCGCAGAGGACUUCAAGCGAUAUGACGAGACGCCCGACACGGUGUUCUACUCCAUGCCGCGCUUCGUGACGCACAUUGACGAUGCAGCCAUCCGCGCCCUCACGCAGUUCUACAAGGACAACCUGCCGCCGCCCAACACGCCGGGCGUCUCCGUGCUCGACAUGUGCAGCAGCUGGAUCAGCCACUAUCCCAAGGGGUACAAGCAGGAGCGGGUGGUGGGCAUGGGACUCAACGAGGAUGAGCUGGCGCGCAAUGACGUGCUGACGGAGUAUCUAGUCCAGGACCUCAACGCCAACACCAAGCUACCUUUCCCAGACAACACCUUCGACGCCAUCACCAACGCCGUGAGUGUGGACUACCUGAGCCGUCCCUUGGAGGUGUUUCAGGAGAUGCACCGCGUGCUCAAGCCGGGCGGGCUGGCGGUCAUGAGCUUCUCCAACCGCUGCUUCUGGACCAAGGCCAUUCAGAUCUGGACGUCCACUGGAGAUAUAGAUCACAUCCUCAUCGUCGGAUCGUACUUCCAUUAUGCUGGUGGCUACGAGCCUCCCCAGGCACGAGAUAUCUCUCCCAAUCCUGGGAGAACAGACCCCAUGUAUGUAGUGUUUUCACGGAAACUUGAAGCGUAGGACAGGCCAACAGACUGGCCGUAUUAGCUACUGCAGCUUAGACAUACUGAUAACAGUACUUAAUUCCAACACAACACCUGAUGGUUCAGAAGUCAGGUAUAUUGAAGGGAUUUUCACACAAGCUUGUGUCAAACAUAUAUUGUACGUGUCUAUAGACUACAUAGGGUUGUGCCUUAGGGAGUGACCCUCUUCCUCACCAGACCUGAACCCGGAUAUUUUUCCCCACCGGUCACGACUACUUCGACUGCUGCACCGCUCGGAGACCUACGGACCCUAGCGUGAUUCUAAUAGU